AUGAACCCCCAGCAGAACAAGAUGUUGUCCUCGAUUGACACCCUGCCCUCUUUCUACGACAUAAAACUCAAACGACGACGCCUGACAGAGACAAUCGGAAACAGCGAUGGCGAGUCAGUCUUUAGCAGCUCUCUAUCGUCAUGUUCAUCUGUCAGUGACUGCGGGGACUGCGAUGGACGCUUCAUGUCCGAUUUGUCCGAUAAUAACUCCAGCACAAACAGUGACGAUUCUGCGGACUCUCUCAGACAACAUCAGGAAAAAGCUCAAUUUGAGGAAUUUGCAAAACGCCUUCGACAGAAUAUGAAGGUGGAAGAUAAGAAAGCUCCAAAUGAACCACCACUAGCUUUACUGCAAAAGUUACCCAAUCAGAAUUCGCUGUUUGUACAGUAUGAUCAAAAAAUGUCUGGAUUCGAGACACAUAAAAUACCUGUUUUUAACAUGUCAACACAACACAAGCCACAGGGACACUCGGUGCCACCUUUUGAAGUAACUUUGAAAUGUCCGACGUAUCCCGGUGUGAUGUAUUUCAAUGAUCACAGGGAGAAGAUUCCCACUGAUCAGAAUAAGUUGAUACAUCCAACCAUUCAGGAAAGAGGGUUCAAGCUCGAAAACUUCACUUUGGCUCGUGAGCACCAGUUCCCCGACCAGUACUGUGCAAUCUGCGAGGACAGGGCAAGUGGGCUGCAUUAUGGCGUUUUAACUUGUGAAGGGUGUAAAGGGUUCUUCAAGCGAACCGUCCAAAACAAGCGUGUCUAUACCUGUAUUGGGCAAGAGAACUGUGUCAUUAACAAGAUACAGAGGAAUAGAUGUCAGUGCUGCCGCUUCAAGAAGUGUUUGCAGAAAGGAAUGGUCACAGCUGCUGUGCGUGAAGAUCGUAUGCCCGGUGGACGCAAUGCUGGUGCCCUCUAUAACUUGUGCAAGGUCAAAUAUCGAAAGCACAAGAGGCGUACACAAAGUGGAAAGGACCUCAACAGACCUCGAAGGAACGACUACCCGACCCCGAUAGAACCAAUACAUAAAAAAUGGCCGCCGAUGGAACAAAUGGAAACUCAGCCAGAGGCUUUGGAGCUGUUAAAAUUUGAAUGUCACCCCAUGCCAAAAAUCGACUCAACAAUAAAUUUCCGCAAAAUGACGAAACAGGCCAUUGAGGAACGCUUUUGUGAAAUGACAGACUUGACUGUUUCAAGUCUCGUCACUUGGGCAAAAGAGUUGUCCUUUUUCAAGGAAGUGACAGUAGACGAAUGGACUAAAGUUCUGAAACUGCAGUGGCACACAAUGUUAUUGCUCGAUAUUACUUCAAGUGAGAACCAGUUAUUGGCCCCAGAGGUUUGUCGGGAAUCGUCAAAGACUUCGAUGCAAAGUGAAUCAAAUUCUACAGCGAAUAUGUCGGAGCAUUUUUCAUCGCUGGUCGAGAAGUACACCCACCAGUUUAACGGCUAUAUGAACAAAAUGAAUGGGCAGGUCGACCCCCAGAGCAAGAUGUACAAUGAGGGGCUAAAGAUUCUUGCGAUUGUUGCAGAAAUUGUUGUGACGUUCUGUAAACUUCAUCUGACACCCGAGGAACAUGGCCUGCUGCGUGUGCUGAUCUUGCUUAAUGUUGAAAACAAUGAAUCGUUGCGCAAUAUCCAGUGGAUAAGACGCCAGUACCUCAUGACCCUCAAGCAAUACGAAUUUGUGCAUCACUCGUCCAAACAGAAUCGCUAUCACACACUUCUCUACCAGGUGGCACUGUUGCACAAAGCAUCAGAUCAGUUCCAAGAGAACAAUUUACUCUUUGUUCCGUUCAUCUUACGGAGCCCGUUGGCAAUGAAGGAUGGAUGUCAUAAGUACAUUUUAGGACAGUUUAGUGACUGAGUCGGUUUAAGGGUGCCUGUCCAAAGGCCUGAAUAUGUGGUUUAGAUGGGUUCUAUUAUAUCUCAAGUGUCAAUACACAAAGUAUAUAACUAUUUGUGAUGGCUGUCAGAAUAAACUGCAAGAAUUUCUCCAGUAUGGCCAAGUAUAAACAGUCGGGUGACUUUUAGAAGAAGAACAAAAAUCUAGUCUUUGGUAGUUUGUUGUGGUCAUGUCACCAAUAAUUGUUAGGAAUUCCAUCACGGCUGAAGAUAAUUGCUCAAGUUGUGCUAAUAAAGAUGACCUGCGGAGUGUAUGUGUAAUCAAGUUAUUCUGUAGUUUAAAUUGAAGCCCCACUGUAUUGAAUCCUCCUUAAUGGCUAGGUUCAAUGAUGAUGAGCUCUGUUAUAAGAGAACUACUUGAACUUUAAAUGGCUUAAGAGUGGUUCAAGGAGAGCGUUUCUCUGAAGUUACUUCACGAAUACCGGUAUAUCUGGACUGAGAACUCCAGUGAAUUUGUCUAUUAACAUUCGAACAUUUAGGUAUUUAGCUUACCAGUGCACUGGCUGGACACUGAGAUAUAACGGUUUUCUUGAUCUGGACUUUAGGAGUCGGUCUUUAGUACUUCUGGAAGGAUUUGAAAAGUGCAGGGUAUUUCUUCUUUUGAUGGAAGAGAGUAGGGAGCACUUUGGCCAAAAUGGCCAAAAAGUUUCGUGACAAGUCAGAUUUGGAAAAUUGCCCAAAGAUCUACAUAGGGGCUUCAAAUGUCUCACUUAUAUCAUGUCUUUCACCCUGGCCUUUGAAACCUAAUGCUGAGAUAGGAAUUUUAUGUUGUGCUAAUUUCAUUGAUAAAAAAUGAUACUGUGUGGACAUGUUUAAGCUAGUUGAGAGGCCUGUUGCAGGUAAAAAGGCUUUUUGUACAGAUGAACCUAAACCAGCUUAAACUCUUUGACACAGUACAGUAUAUUUGUAACUGUAGCUGAACAAAUGUGAUAGGUAGCAUACCGUAGCACAAAUAGUGAACAGUUUAUCAACUGGUGGUCAUCAGUUUUUGUGACAAUAGGAAUAUUACAUUACUUGUGUCAAGCUUGAAUUUUGAAUCUACUCAUCUCCCUCCUUGAUCGAAGGCUACCUCAUUUUUUUUCGAGAAAGACUACCUGGGAGACUACCUGGAGGUGAUUCUAGAAAGCUCUGUUAUGACACGUUUAUUUGAUGAAUUCUCAGGGGUGUCCAAUGCUCCUUGGGGGCCUUUGAAUUACUUUUUUUAUGACCUGCAUAUUUCAAAGUAGUUCAUGUAGUAUUUUUGUAUUGAUGUUGCAAGAUUUGCGUUCAUAAUAAUGUUUUUGUGCCAAAAAGUAUCAGUGACUGUUAACCCCAACUAUUCACAAGCACAUUACUUUUAAAUAGAUUGUUAAAAUUGCGAGGUGAAAUGUAGUUCCCUUUGAUGUUAGAAGAAGUAUUUGG